AUGGAUCCAUCAACGUCGACACACUCCAAAGUCGAUCCUUCAUCAUCAUCAACAACGCCAUCCAUAAGUCAUUUAUUUAUUGAUAGUAUCAUGAAAGCGGCUCUUCAUCCGAGUGAUAUGGAAAUCAUUCAACAAAAACAAGCGGAAGCCUUCAAAACCAUGCGACAAACCAAUGAAGACCUUCAACGGAUCAAUUCAAAGUGUACCAAUGAAUUACCGAAUAUUCAAAAAGAUUUUCAAAUUCAUCAAUUCAUGUUGAAAGAAAUGAAGAGUGAUUUGGAGUUUAUAACAAAAGCAUUGGCCGAUAUGAGGAGAAAAUUAGGAAUUAAAGAACCCGAGCGGAAAGAUGAUGAAGUGGAUUUGGAUGAUGAAGUUUUGACUUAUUCACCAGUAGCACCAUCAAAGGUUCAACAUGUGAAUGCUGAGUCUUUACAAGAACAUGAUUCGGAUUAUUUGGAAGGUGAUGACUUGAUGCAUUAUGUGAAUUGA